GUUUGUGGGGUUGCUAUGUGAUUGCUAUAUCCAUCCACUGUAUGCAUGCGUGCGUGGCAAUUUCUCAUAAAUUUAUGAGCCAAUCAAUAGCAAGUGAGCAUCAGUUUAUUAAACGUGGGACGGCAUACAACUACACGCCAUCUUGAUUUGCACAUAAUUAUACUACAAAGAGGUUGGAUGAAUAGUUCUCCUUCAGAUGAAGUAUGAUUUAUGAUAGCAGCAUCUAGAUGAUCAACUCUCUUUCUUACACAUUACAAAGGUUAAUAUUGCAAGAAACCGGUAAUUAAGGUCAAUACUCCGAUCAGGAUGGCGGCUAGAUUCAGCUCUGCAGAACACAUCUAUGAAGGAGAGAACUGUGAAUCAAUCACAAAUGUAACGUAUACGUAAAGGAGAAGAAGCUCUGCGGUGGCUGCGCCCCCCCAAGGGGGAAGCAUCGGAAAAAGCAAGAAAGGGUGGGUCCUUUUUUUAUUGUGAGAAACUCAAUUGUAACUCACUUAAAGAAAAGAAACUGUAUUGUAAAAAACAUGUUCUAGGAUUGUGUUAUUCGUGCGCACAUAUAGAUCAUCAUGGGGCAGGGUUGCGUGCGACAGGAUAUAGAGGGCGCCAUCAUGGAAAAUAUAGCGAUUCUAACCACUCUAAAAGAAAAGGCAAAGGACAAAUUAAAGCUUUGUCGAGUUUAUGGAGAUCAGAUUCGCCAGUGUAGGAAAUACACCGACACCCAUCUACAAGCUUUGAAAGGUGAGGUUGAUUCGGUAAUCAAUGAGGCGAUCCAAACAGACAAGGACAAAGAGAAGGAGGAUGCUGCGAAAAUCAACCAGGAGAUUGAUGACAAGAAUCAGAAACUUGAAGAGAAGAUUCCAAAGAUCAAUGAAAAUAUUCGUAAAAACGAUGAGGAGAGAGAGAAGCGACUUGAACUUAACCGUACAGAUGCAGAAAGAAGACGAGAACCAAUCAACAAUAAACAACUUAGUCUUCAAACAGACAUUAAGAACAUCGCUGAAGAGAAAGAAAGAAAGAUUGGUGAGUUGGAGAACACAUGGCAAGAUGAUACAAAAACCACAGAGAAUAUAAUAAAGACACUUGGCACAGUACUUGAAGAUGAAAAAAAUAUCGUCAAAGAUGGGCAUCAUGUGAAAACAUCAGUGAGUGGUAUAUUAAAGAAGCCACUGAAUGAGGGUGAGGUGGAACAAAUCACUGGUACCAUAUUGGGUGUGAGGUUUAUGAAAGGUGCUGGGAGAGAGAAGUAUGAUGGGAGGAUUGAUGGGUAUGAUGGGGAGUGGAAGCUCAUUAAUACAAUCAAUAUCAAAGAUAAAAUCGAAUUCCCGAUCAUUGCAGGAUACAUUGAUGAAUACAAUGUGAUAAUCAAUGAUCUAGUAUCAGGUACAUACAUGUUACAUAUGAACACUAGACACACUCAGAGAGUGAUAACCGGUAGUGGUGGUACAUCAUGUGUUUCAUCCAGUGCAUUGUUGAAUGAUGACAAGGUAGUAUGCGGUAAAGUAAUAGGUGAAGGGUGUACAGGGGACAGCUUGACUGGAUGCAUCAGUGUGUAUGACAGACAAUGGAAGCACAUCAAUGACGUCACAAUACCAAAAGACACAGCGCUUAAAGAAGCAGCGGUGUAUGUAGCUGUUGACCAGGAUGGGAUGAUUAUCGCUGCUGAUGCAGGAGAGUCUAAGAUAUACGUCAUCAAACCAGCUGAUGGUAAGAUCAUGAAUACCAUCACGUGUAAGGAGAAUAUAAUGAUGCAUGAUCUGCUAUCAUCAGGUCACAUCAUCGCACAACCCUCAACACCAGAUCACAGAGUGCUCAUCAUCGACAGACAGGGUGCUCAUAGGGAAAUCCACCACAGUGAUACGAUCCUGAGUGUCUGCAUCGAUCCUAUGACAGACGACCUCUACGUCGUGACAUCAGAUGAUGAGUAUAAUACGUGUGUGAUUGAUCAGGUGAUGAGUGGGGGUGAAAUGAAGAAGAGAAGAGUAGCAUCAUUCCCUGUAUCAACAGAAUUGGACCCACCGGUGCUUAGGGAGUGGUUACUUGUAUCGUCUCGCGUGAUCAUGACGCCAUCAGGGAAACUGAUUGCUAACGAUGGAAAAAACAUUCUCGUAUUCAAAAACAGAUUUACCCUCUAAAUCAAAUCCUCUUUGAUUACAAUUUUCCAUGUUCCCUACGUAUACACACGCAUGUACAUAAACAUAUGAUAUGG